AUGCCUGGGGAACAACAAAUGCUACCACUCCCAGGCUCCCCGUCUACCUCAUGGGCCCGGUUCCGCGCGCAGCUCGGUGCAUUAUUCCAUGGAGCUGAUCCCAACGUUUGCGUGGCAUUCUGGUUAUUCGGAUUGAUUAACAAUGUGCUCUAUGUCAUCAUUUUAUCGGCUGCGCUAGAUCUCGUCGGACCGAAUGUCCCAAAGGGCGUCGUACUGCUUGCUGAUGUACUUCCUUCCUUUGGAACGAAAUUGGUCGCACCCUACUUCAUCCACACUGUUCCUUACUCCAUGCGAAUCGUGAUAUGCGUCGUGCUUUCCGCCCUGGGGAUGCUCGUGGUAGCAUUAAGUCCGGCAUAUGUCGAUGGCGGCUCGAUAUCUUCAAAAUUAGCUGGAAUCAUCUUGGCGAGCUUAUCAAGCGGCAUUGGGGAGCUGAGUUUCGUUGGGUUAACACAUUUCUACGGCCCCUUCAGUCUGGCGGCUUGGGGAAGCGGUACAGGGGCUGCUGGGCUGGUUGGAGCCGGUGCAUAUGCCUUGGCGACUACAUCCCUGGGUCUCCGCGUGAAGACUACAUUGAUGACUUCCGCCUUUCUGCCCUUCGUCCUAGCCGUCAGCUUUUUCUUCGUAUUACCCCGAGCGCGGAUACAGUUACACUCUGUGUACGGGGAUGUGGAAGAACAUGCGGAUGAUAGUGUGCUCAGCAAUAAUGAUGACGGAGAAAGAGAGGGGCUGCUUAGUUCGUCCGCCCACUCUGCGGUGAGCCUCAAAUCCACGUACCGAGUGCGUGGAUGGCAUAGAUUGAGGGCCAAUUUGCGACGUGCGCGAGGGCUGUUCUUCCCUUUUAUGCUCCCUCUGCUCCUCGUAUAUAUUGCAGAGUAUACUAUCAAUCAAGGUGUAUCACCGACUCUACUCUUUCCGCUCAAGGAGACGCCCUUCACACAUUUCCGAGCAUUCUACCCCGCAUACAAUGCGAUAUACCAGGUUGGCGUCUUCAUCUCUCGCUCUUCUACCCCGUUCUUCCGUAUUCACGAUCUCUACCUUCCGUCAAUCCUACAAAUCAUCAAUUUAAUAGUGUUGACUCUACACUCGCUGUUCAAUUUCAUCCCGAAUGUCUACCUUAUCUUCAUCGUGAUCUUCUGGGAAGGUCUCCUAGGAGGCCUAGUUUAUGUCAAUACCUUUGCAGAGAUUGGAGAUCGUGUGCCACGAGAGGACCGCGAGUUCUCGCUUAGCGCCACGACGGUCAGCGAUUCGGGCGGUAUUUGUAUUGCUGGAUUUCUGGGAAUGGUUUUUGAAGUAUGGCUUUGCGAUUGGCAAGUUUCGCAUGGACGGGACUUUUGUCGAAGAACGUGA